ACUUUUCUUUCCUCCGGCUAUUCUUCUCGAGGUCCCCUUUCAGUCGUAUAAUACCCCUUCCCCUCCUCCGAGAGUCCUGUCUGUGUCAAUGGGGCAGAGCGUGUCUGGACAAACAAACAAAAAAGUGAAAACGUAAGGAGGAAUUAUCCAAAACGAAGUUAGAGUUUACUUUGUUAUUCUUUCAAAAACUCGUCCAGAAACUAUACCCAGUCAAAGACAAAAAAUCUGUUAAAAUUCUAAAACUUCGCAGCACGCUCCUCUCUCUUUCUAGAGAACGGAUUGAUCCGAGGACAGACGUCCCACCAUAGAACGAAACGCCCCAAUACCCGUCACACAUGUGACCCGAGAAAGACUCCGCACAUUUCUUCAACGAGGUGCUGUGGUGAAGUCCUCAGGAUUGUUGGACCAACGCUUUUAAAAGGUUUUAACAGUGUGAAAAUACCUUCCAACAGCCAUGAUGGAUAAAGAGGAGAUCAGUGACACUGACAGUGGGAUCAUUCUCAACUCUGGUCCCGACAGCCCCACGUUGCCAGUCAAGGACCUGACCACUCACACCCGGGCCAUGAGGCUGAAGCACCAGGCUCUGGAGGACAGGCUGGAGCUGUGUCUACUGGACCUCAAGAAGCUCUGCGUUAGAGAGGCUGAGCUGACAGGUAAGUUGUCUUCAGACUACCCCCUACUUGCUGAUGAGAAGCCCCCUCGUGUCCGAAGGAGGAUAGGAGCUACCUUCAAACUGGAUGACAGUCUCAUCCACCAGGAUGGAGAGGAUUCAGAGCUUCAUUCCUUAGAGGCAGACCUGGCCUUGCAGCUCCAGAUCGUUGAAGCGGCUCGUAGACUCUCAGUGGAGGAGCACCUGUCCAAACCACAGAAGAAGAGCAGGCUGCAGCAGUGUAAGAGGGAAGAUAGGAAAGUCAAGGAUCUCCAGGAAGCUGUGUAUCAGCACAGGAUCAGAAACGAGUGCUCCUCUCCAGCGACCAACAAGAACAACAACACAGCCAAACACAGAGAUCUGUGCAUGUCUGACGACAGCUCCCUGUCUGAUGCAGUGGCCCUGGACGAUGACUCUCUCUCUUCCUCAUCAUCUGUAGACCCACUCAUACAGUCCUCUGUGGGCUCCCUGUCCCUCCAGUCCUCCUCCUCCCAGGGCAGUCUCCAUCACACCUCAGCCCAUAGCCAGAGCCUCGGCUGCAGUUGCGGUGUGGAGCAGACCCAGACCUCCAGUAUGGGCUCCAGCUGCAGUGUGGAGUUUCCUGAGCGCUCCCCCAUCCAGAACUCCCCCUGGAGAGAGUCUAAUCUUGACCAGCACUAUCUGAAACAUGACACACCUCUCUCUGUCUGCAGCAGCAGGCCCAGAAGUCCAGUAGGGACCCCAGUGUUCCCUGCAGACAGCAGAGUCCUGCCCUCCCACUUCCCCUCCAUUAAGAACCUGGCUCUGAGACAUGGACAGAUCAACUCCUCCAGCGCCCCCUCUACUCCAGAGCUGCACGUACGCAGACAGUACUCCCUGUCCUUCAGGCUUCCCAGAAGUAAGCCCACUCAUGAUCUGGGUGAGGGAUGUGGGAGAGCCAGGUUGCCACGCCGACGGCCAGAGUUCCUGGUUCGGUCUCCACAGUACGCUCCCCAGCGUCUGUACCAGUCCAGCUCUGAACACUCUGUCCCCUCCUACACCAGCCCCCAGCGGCUGUACCAGUCCAGCUCUGAGGACAGCAGCUCUGAACACUCUGUCCCCUCCUACACCAGCACCCCCAGCCGGGACACGAACAGAGAUAAUCACAAAGACAGGGAGGGCCCUGCAUCUCCCGAGAUCCCCAAGCUCUGCCCUCCUCCCUAUGGCUUCCACUACGGAGCCCAAAGUCCCACCAGCCCUGCGUUGAAUGGCUCCAGCUUUCACAAGAAAAACAACCAGCACCAGCACCAGUCCUCUCCCAGCUUGAGAAGAAGAAUGGCAGAGGAAGGCACCUGUUCCCCUCUUUCCCCACAGGACCUGGGCAGUCCCCUGGGGAAGGGUCUUUACCUGUCCCCCUCCCGCCCCCCCCAGCCACAGCAGCAGCACAGACACUGGCAGCAGGGGCCCCCACCGUCAUCCCCCAGGAGAGUUCUGAAGCCUCCACCCCCUUACACUCGCCUGGUACGUACCCCGUCACUGAGGGAGUACCCCAACCAACCUGCCCGGGUGUUGCCCAGGGAGAUGUCGUCAGACGAGCUCAAGUCCUGGAACCAGUUCCAGAAGUCACGCCCGAGUUCCCUGGAGCGCCAGGGGUCGUUCAGAGUGAAGAGCCCCACGUCCCCUCCCCUCCCGCCCUACCUGCAGGCGGCAGGAUAA